CGUCGCCACGGGGGUAAAGCUGAAGAAGCUGACAUCCACCGCACCGACAACCGGGAUCGAGACAACGAGAGCGAAAGAGAAGCUAAGCAAUACCGAGACCAAGAGCAGCAGCAAUUGCCUCCUCUAUAUUAUGGGUAAGAAUGUAUUCAUUAAAGAGGAGCACCAUCAGCAUCAGGACUCAUCAUCGUCGCUGCCCACAAAUGAAGAUGGAUCGACGUUGCGUAGUUUAUCGGAUUUGUCAGAUCAUGAAGCAUCGUUGGAUGUACCGGCUCAGAUACCGCCAUUCACCCCCGGGACGAAUAAGAAAGUCGCUGAAGUGCUGAAGGCAUCCUUUGCAUCGUGGGAGAAAGAAGUACAAAAUUGUAAUAUCACCAAAGAUCCACGCGAAUGGACUGAAGAUCAUGUGAUCUAUUGGCUUAGUUGGGCCACUAAGGAAUUCUCAUUGGAAUCAAUGAAUAUCCAGCCGUUUAUGAAGAUGACUGGUCGAGCGAUGGUGGCAUUGGGCCGGGAGAGAUUUCUGGCAAUAGCACCACCAUUCACAGGGGAUAUACUGUGGGAGCACUUGGAGAUUUUGCAAAAGGAUUGUGAAGAUGGUGCUGGGGCUGUGUAUAAUAUGACAAGUGGUGGUGUCGGUGGUGGUGGAUCAUCGUCAGUCUGUGGAUCGGACCAAAUAGCCAAUUAUUUAGGUAACAAUAAUAAUCAAAGAUUAACCGCACAUGAUUACUCUUCUAGUGAUAAUAGCAGUUUUCAUUCAACCUCGCAUGGUGGGACGGUGAUUGGAGCAUCUGUGACGUCGCAUAGCGGCACUCCACCACCAGUACCUCCACAAUCAUCGUUGUCGUCUCAACAACAACAACAACAGCAGCAACACCAACAUCAGCAUCAGCAUCAGCAGCAGCAACAACAACAUCCCACACAACAACAGCAACAAAUGUCACAACAACUAUCCCAGUCGGAGAGAGUGGGGCUUGGAAUUCAUUCACAAAUCUCCUCACAUACUCCCCAACCUAACAACCAACAACAACAACAACAGCACCACCAAGUGGCUGCGAACAACAAUAAUAACAACAACAACAAUAACAACAACAGUACGACAAGUAGUAGUAACAGUAGCAAUAGUAGUGGGUCAACAAUAGUUGCUCAUGGAGAUCCACGAAGUGGGUCUUCGGAUUACUCGCACAACAACAACUCGGCUGCGUUAAAUCUCAGCUACAUGCACAUGGCUAUGAAUGCUGUUGGAGGUGCAACAAAUAAUUCAGGUGCUCCUCUCUACCACCAUAUCAAAGAAGAACCCGGUCUCAGUAACAAUGAUGGUUUCCACGAUACGUCGUCGAUGAUGGAUCAUCAUCAUCCUCACCAUGCGCCGCCGCCGUCAUAUCAACUCGACACCGGGGGCGGAGGGGGAGGCGGUUCGGCUUCAACCCACGCACCAGGACCCGACUACUACUCGGGUAUACUCGGAGAGCACAAGUACAAUCCGUACGCAAGGCCACGGUACCACGACAAUUACCCACCGCCAGAUUUUGUGUCCUACCAUCAGCCACCGCCUCCGUCAGCGUUCCAAAGCAGUCAUCAUCCGCAGUCUCAAUCUCAUCAGCCCAACUUGGGGCCCGACCAAUGGAGUCCGCACAAUUUGGCGGCGUACAUGAGUUCGAUGGGCUUGGAAAAAGGCCUCGGUGGAGGUGGCUACCCGACGGCUCCUGGUGGAGUGCCUUGCUUCACUGGCUCGGGGCCAAUUCAACUGUGGCAGUUCUUGCUUGAACUGCUAAUGGAUAAAACCUGCCAAAGUUUCAUAUCCUGGACCGGCGAUGGAUGGGAAUUCAAAUUGACCGAUCCGGAUGAGGUGGCCCGUCGAUGGGGCAUCCGAAAGAAUAAACCAAAAAUGAACUACGAGAAGCUAAGUCGUGGUUUGCGGUACUACUACGAUAAGAAUAUCAUCCACAAGACGGCGGGCAAGCGCUAUGUCUACCGAUUUGUGGGCGAUCUACAGAAUCUGAUAGGCCUUUCGCCUGAGGAAUUGUGUGCUAAAUAUGAUCUUAAAACAGAUAAUAAUGCUGAUGAUUGAAGGAGUAGACGUUAAAGAUGAAAAAGAAGCUUUAAGAGCUGUUAUAGAAUUUAAAAAAUUAAUAAUCAACAAAAACAAAAAAACAAUGUGCACAAAUUGUUAUCCCAAAAUAUUUUUGACAAAAAAAUACUAAGUAUAAAAUUUUAAAUUAAAUUUUUUUAAUUAAUUAUUUUAGAUAUUUUAAUUAUUAAAAUAUGAUAAUUUAUUUUUUGAUUAAUUAAUUAAUAAUUGUUUCUAUGUAUAAUAGGCAUAUCUAUAUGUAUUUUGUAAUGUUGUUUGUGUCUUAUAUAUUUUCCUAACAAUUAGGAGAGAUUCUAUUAUAAUAAUUAUUAUUAUAAAAAUAUUGUAAUUCUAUUUUUUAAAUAUAUAUUUUAUCUACAAAAAUAAAACAAAUAUUAUAAAUUGUUUCAAAAUAUUCAUUCAAAUGAGCAAACAAAACAUUUAACAAAAUAAAAAAAACAAAAUUCUUUUUACAAAAAAAAAACAAAACUACACAUGUGUAAUGAUCUGCAUAUAUAUUAUAUAUACAUAAAUAAAUAUUUAUAAUUUUAUUUUAAAUAAAACAAAAACAAACAAACACAAGAAAAAAACCACAAAACAAAACAAAAUGAGUAAAACUAUAUAUUUUUAAUGUUAAUGAUGAAUUUUAAAUAAAUGAAUGGGGGCUUCCGAAAGACUCGUUAAAUAAAUGCAUAAUUAUAUUUAAUUAAAUAAUAAUACAACAAAAAAAGAAAAACCAAUAAAAGAAUAAUGUUUUCUGUAUCUAUACAAUUUUUUUGACAAUAAAUCAAGAAAUAAAUAUUUUA